GUCAUUUAGGCUAAACAGUAUGCAAAUGAAAUUUGACACUGCUUAUUUUCUCUGAUUUUACAGAUUAUUCCCCAUUGUAAAUCUUGUGAUAGUUGAUAUGGAAAAGAAACAGAUUAUAUCAGCUACACACAUCAGAAGAGGAGCCGUGUUCCGGAAGUUGUUACUACUAAACCAAAGAACCCGCUCGUUCCAGAAUCCUACAAAUCACGAUUUCUGGUCAUGGCUGGUGUUGUCACAAUUGUUGUUACCAUAGCUACAAUUAUUUUCAUCAUGUUGGUUUGCCGAAUAAACAAAAACAGGAACCUGCGAAGAGGACCUAGACAAUCGUUACUGAAUGGAGGGAGUGAUGCCACAGAUGCACAAACAGAUGUUUCCAUACCUAUCGAACCAAACAGUCCUACAGAACAACCCAACACACAAAUUCGAAGGCAGUCCGUGAAAAUUGGUGUUUUCCACCCUCAUAUUCCGAAGGAGUUAUCUUCUCAAGCGACCGAAAACCCUUUGGACGCACAUGUGCAACGAGGGAUACGUGUAGGUGGCGGAAUACCUCAACAAGGAGUUCCAAAAAUAGACUAGGAUUUUUUGCUUCUAUGGACAGAAAGGCAGAGA